CCGGGGGCGUGACGUCAGUCAACACCUCAACCUCCACCGUCUGCCCCCUCCCGCACGCCUUUCCCCAAAGAGCUGCAGCAGGGGGCUGACUCCAACUUCCAGCGCCGACUCCAUGCGGAGCAGCCGCGGAGAGUGCUGCCCUCUGAACGGGACGCGACUUCUCCGGUGUGGUUGCCUUCAAAACUCUUACGGAAUCGGGUGGAAGUAAAGCCCAGAAAUCCAUCGGAAGUUCGUAACUUUAAACUACAAAGGUUUCAACCACCAAACGCGGCGUGAACGUUUAGCCCGCACUCGGGCUGGGUCACAGAGCCGGGGAUCCUGCAGUGACAACCUUGGCGAGCCUACGUCGCCCUGCCCGCCCCGCCUCAGGCCCGAGUGCCGGCGGCCCCGCCCGCCUGCGGCCCUCCGGGCUCGAGGGCCCCGGCUGCACCUCAGGAUGUUGUCGGCGUAGAUAUCAGGGAGCCUGACUGAGACUACAGCUUUUUGUCCUCCCCGGAAUGUCCCGAGGAAAUGACUCCAUCCCUUCUCUGGCAACACCGACAUGUCGGUGCGUCACAGUUGUGUCUCAACUAGAGGAGGCUGAGAGGCGAACUCAGCCCGGAGCCCGGCGGAAGUCCUGCCCCGCUUGUCCGACCUCUGACGCCAGGCGCCCGUCUCCGGGCGGAAAUGCAUCAGUGGGCCAGUGUGCGCAUGCGCAUAAGGAAUAAACGUGUUUCUGCUCUUGUGAAUUUCAACCAUGUUGUCCAGCGGCUUACAAAAAUUUCUAAAAGCCGCAGGCUCUCCUCCACAUCCAGCGUCAUGCUGUUGGUUAAUAAGCAAACGCCAGUCUUCUGGAGCCCUGCCAGCAGCCGCGUUGCGUAGGCGAGUUGUCAUCACAGGCAUCGGGCUGGUGACCCCACUUGGUGUUGGCACUCAGCUAGUUUGGGAUCGGCUUCUCCGAGGAGAGAGUGGGAUUGUUUCUGUAGUUGGUGACGAGUACAAGAGUAUUCCUUGCAGUGUGGCUGCUUAUGUGCCAAGAGGUACUGAGGAAGGUCAGUUCUAUGAACAAAACUUUGUGUCCAAAUCGGACACCAAGUCCAUGUCAUCUCCCACCAUCAUGGCCAUCGGGGCAGCAGAGUUGGCCCUGAAAGACUCCGGCUGGCAUCCGAAGUUAGAAGCAGAUCAGGUGGCUACUGGUGUUGCCAUUGGCAUGGGCAUGGUUCCUCUUGAAGUUGUUUCCGAAACGGCUUUGAUGUUUCAGACCAAAGGUUAUAAUAAAGUCAGCCCGUUCUUUGUCCCUAAGAUUCUAAUCAAUAUGGCUGCAGGUCAGGUCAGCAUUCGCUAUAAACUCAAAGGCCCCAAUCACGCGGUGUCCACAGCCUGCACAACAGGAGCACAUGCGGUGGGAGACUCCUUCAGAUUUAUAGCCCACGGUGAUGCAGAUGUGAUGGUGGCUGGGGGCACAGAUGCUUGCAUUAGUCCAUUAUCUCUUGCUGGGUUUUCUAGAGCCCGGGCUCUGAGCACAAACCCAGAUCCCAAGCUGGCCUGCCGACCGUUUCAUCCAGAGAGAGAUGGUUUUGUCAUGGGCGAGGGCGCUGCUGUGCUGGUGCUGGAAGAACAUGCGCAUGCUGUUCAGAGAGGUGCCCGGAUCUAUGCAGAAGUUCUGGGCUAUGGACUCUCAGGGGAUGCUGGUCACAUAACAGCCCCUGAUUCUGAAGGAGAAGGUGCCUUCAGAUGCAUGGCUGCUGCUGUAAAAGAUGCAGGUGUAUUGCCUGAACAGAUAUCCUAUGUUAACGCACACGCCACCUCCACACCACUGGGUGAUGCUGCUGAAAACAGAGCCAUCAAGAGGCUCUUGAGAGAUCACGCCGGGGCCCUUGCCGUAUCCUCCACAAAGGGAGCCACCGGGCAUCUGCUGGGGGCUGCAGGGGCGGCUGAGGCAGCUUUUACCGCACUGGCUUGUUACCAUCAAAAACUCCCACCGACUUUAAACCUGGAUUGUACGGAGCCAGAAUUUGAUCUCAAUUAUGUUCCUCUGGAGGCGCAGGAAUGGAAACCCGAGGGUCGGCGUAUUGGACUCACCAAUUCCUUUGGGUUUGGUGGUACUAACGCAACACUUUGUAUCGCUAGCAUAUAAACAUUGGCUUUUAAUUGUCGUAAAUGUAUAAAUGAUAUGCACAUACAUGUUUAUUAUCAAUGAUCAGAUGUCUUUAACACAAUUGGUGUUUGUAGUAGGGUAGUUUUUGCUAGGGAAGGGGCUGCCCAGCGCCUUGUGGGUACUUGCAGCAACUUGACAUCUCCUGUGAGAUUUCUGUGGCAACUAGUGACAGCCAGAUUUGUCUCUAGACAUUGCCUUAUGUUUUCUGGGGGACAAAAUAACCUGUAUAUGUGAACUGUUGAUUUAUAUUUUCCUAAUGCUCUGAAUCAAAUAACUUUUGGUGCUAUUUCCUCCAUUCCUGUCCUUCUAGGGAACUUAUUUAGAGCAACUCCUCCAAGCAAGGCUGUGUUGCUGCAUGUUGUAACUCCAGGGACACCAUUUUUCUACAGGAUAUAGGAAGGAUAAGAUACGUGUAAGAUUGUGUGUCAUCAGUCAGCAUCCUCCGAAGACAGCUGUCAACCAGUGAUGACCUGUUCACCGAUCUAGGUGUUGUUAAUGGAAUUUCUCCAAACUCUCAAGUGUUCAUUUCUCAGAAGGAGGAAGUGAAACUGGUUUGACAUUUCUUAUUCUGAGUGUAUUUGUGCUGUGAAGAAUAGACGAAGAUCUUUUGAAAAGAAACUCUCGGUAAAUGAGGCCCCCUUUCCCCUCAGUCUAUUUUUGUUCUGUGGCCAUGCUCUACUAGCUUCCUGCUCUAAGAGCCAGUGGGCCCUCUACUUGCUGCCUUGGGGAGUUCUCUCAAGCCAGAGGAGCAAGUUCCCCAGAGGUGACACCCAGCAGGAGGAGUGGAAGCAUUUGACAGGCGGCUUCUACUGGAGAGCGAGGGCUCCACUUCCAUGCAGACCCUCAGGUUCGCAGUGACAUGGAGCUUCAUGCCCCAGCUCAGACACCUUUAGCCACUACUCUGUCCCCAGGCAGCUUUUAUGGUUUUAUUCCUAUCCCAUAAGUCAUCCCCAAACAAACUGCCUUUUCUCGGGCUCUGCUUUCCCAGUGGCUCACACACUGAGAUGGAGUCAAGAGGAUCAAUGGUUAACUGCUUUUCUGCAGAAAUGAGUGGCUUUCCCGUAUGGUACUUAAAAUGUUGUCCUUGUUUUAAUGCUUUUUAGAGUUUUAAAAUAACGUGUAUUAAUGUUUUCCCUGCAUAUAUGUAUGCACACCAUGUGUGAGCCUGGGCACCGGGGGUCCAAAACAAGGCAUCAGAUCCCCUGGCACCUCUGUUGAGGAUGGUUGUGAGUCACCACAGGGGUGCCUAGAGCCAAAUCCUCUACAAGAGCAGCUGUCUCUUCCCUGCUGAGCCAUCUCCCCAGCCCCUUGUCCUUGGUUUCCAAAAUCUGUGUGGGGGUAGUGGGUCAUGUCUUUGGGUGCCUGUGCCACAGUGGUGGUCAGAGGACAACUUUGUGGAGCUGGUUUUCUCCUCCCACUUUCAUAGGAGUUCCAGGACUCAAACUCAGGUCUUUAGACUUACAUGCAAGCACCUUUACCUGCUGAGCCACCUUGAGGGUCUCACUUUGUAGCGCAAGCUGGCUCCAAAUUUUCUGUAGCUCGGGCUGGCCGCAAACUUGUGAAGAACAAGCAGGCUGUGGGUUCCAAGUGGCACCACACCUGGGUUAGUUUUAUCAGGCUAAAACAACAAUGACGCCGACUGUGGUUCUCCAUCCUCUCGUGCUCAAACACUGUAAUCGGUAUUCAUGUCCACUGGCAUCUAUUUGCUUAGCUGACAACUUACCGGGUGCUCCGUCUGUCAGCUGUAAGACAGUAUGCAUGAGAGAAGACCCGAAGCAGGCUGAAUACAUAAGUGUCAGCAAAUCUCAGGAUAAGUGGGAAGAUGAGAAAGAAAAGCUAUUCCAGUAGGUAGAAGUUUAGCACAUUUGCACUAAACAAAUCUAAUAGCCUCUGAGGUGGAAGACUGGGAGAUACUGUCAGAAGAUCUGGUAGAUGUUCGGUUGCAGAGAACCCAGCAAGUUUCAAGGAAGUGAGGGUAAUAAGCUGUUUGAAAUGGUAGGAUGGUUGUGUCCAUUUGGCUGGCUGAACUUUUUGCUUAGGGUUAGUUGUAAGAGAUUUCUUAUGAAUGAUAAGAAAGAUGUAUUGGAUCUUUUUUUUUUUAAUUUUUUUAAAAAUUUAUUAUAUAUACAGAGUUCUGUCUGUAUGCUUGCUGGCCAGAAGAGGGCACCAGAAGUGAGCCACCAUGUGGUUGAUGGGAAUUGAACUCAGGACCUCUUAAGAGCAGUCAGUGCUCUUAACCUCUGAGCCAUCUCUCAAGUCCCAAUGUAUUGGAUCUUAAUGUUUGUCAGUGGGUAAGCCUGCAACUGCUUUUCCUUCCUGUGAGCCCUGAAUCUGCAAAGGUAUAUCUUUGGCUCCAUGACACCAGAUGACCCUAGCUAGCUCGGGGCCCUUCCCAUGAAAAUGGAAAAACAAGAACUUGUCACGGUUUCAGUUCCUCCUUGUGUCUGUGGGUUCUGGUUGGCUUCUGGAACUUUCCAGUUGUCUUCCGUUCCCUGCACCUGCUGUGUUGCAAACUCCUGCACCAGCAGGCUGCUGGUCACAAGCAGUAUUACAGAAGACGCUUAAGCUGUUCUCACAGUUGGGUAGCGUCUGAUCCGUAGAGGAAGCCCCCAUCUCGGUG